AUGGGCUCCAUCACACAGUCCUCCAACCGGAGCAUCACCAACGACGACAUCUCGAGUCUCAAAUCAUUGCUAUCAUCGACCAACGCAACAGUCCUCACUCCCCAAGACGAAGAAGCUUACUCGGCCUCGAUAAAGCGCUGGUCCAGCGCGGCCCAGAAGCCAGCGGGAGUGGUCGUUGUGCCGAGCAACGCGGACGAGGUCGCCAGCGUGGUCAAGUAUGCCACCGACCAGGGCAUUGACCUUGCCGUGAAAGGCGGUGGCCACUCGACCGCGGGCGUCAGCAGCACCAACGGCGGCUUGCUGAUUGAUCUGAACUCCAAGAUGAGGCAGGUCGACGUCGAUCUGGAGAGGAAAGUGUUCAUCAUCCAAGGAGGCGCCGCUUGGGGCGACGUCGACCAGGCGGGAGUGAAGCACGGGCUGGCCACUGUGGGCGGCACGGUCGCGGACACGGGAGUUGGCGGGUUGACGCUGGGCGGUGGCUACGGAUGGCUCUCGGGCCAGCGGGGACUGGUGAUUGAUAACCUGGUCGAAUGCACGAUCGUGCUUGCGACAGGAGAAAUCAAAAGGGCCAGCGAAAAAGAAAACCCGGACCUGUUCUGGGCCCUGCGGGGAGCGGGACAGAAUUUUGGCGUCGUGACCGAGUUCGUCCUCAAAGCUUACGACCAAGGGGACGUCUUUGCCGGCAUGCUCAUAUACCCACCCACAAGCGAGGUCAUUGAGAAAGUCGUCGCCGCCACCAACGACCUGUACACGCCGGACACGAAUGGGAAGACCAAAGUCGCCGGUCGAGGCGCCGGCGGCAUCGCUUUCGCUCGACCCCCGCCCGCCGAGGGGAAAGUCAUGCUGCUGGCGGUCAUCAUCUACUUUGGCGGCGAGGCGGAGGCCCGCGAGAAAUACAAAGCCCUGUACGACAUCGGGCCCGUGGUGGACACGACCGCCAUGGUGUCCUACCCAGUGAUCAACACCGUCCUGGCGCCCCCGAUCGGCCUUAGAGCGAGCAUGAAGGGAACUUCCUUCACGAUGCCGAUCCGUGCCGGUUUCGUGGAGGAGGUGCUGAGCGAGUACACCAAAUUCACCGACGCCAACGACGACACGGGCAUCAGUCUUGUGCUCUGGGAAGUCUACGACCCGAAUCAGGUCGUGGCGCACGACGACGUCGGAAGCUUCGCCAACCGCGGAUGGCAUCUCAACGGCAUGAUCUGCCCCAUUUGGACAAAGGAGACCAACGACCAGGAAUGUCGCCAGUGGGCGCGCGACCUCACGGCGCUGUUCAAGGCCGAGCUGGAGCGGCAGGCUAAUGUCGAGACGGGGAAGGGCGUCGAGGGCGGUGUCGGUCUCAAGGGUAAUAAAGGCGCUACUAUGCUUUAUGGGAACUAUGACCAAUACGACGAGAAAUCCCGCGACAUCUUCGGCGAGAACUACCCGCGCCUGCAGAAGCUCAAGGCCCAGUACGACCCGGCAAACAUGUUCAACAAGCUCUUUGCCGUCACGCCGCAGUCGUAG